AUGGAGAAAAACAACUCACUCCCCAAAUACUCUGAAUUUGGGUUCACAGAACGAUCAAACUCCUACAAUUUCAACGGGCCACGCCAGAAGGAAACUGGGUUUUGUGCAGCAAAUGAUCCAGAGCUCAAGAGGAAGAAGAGAAUCAAGGGUUAUAACGUCUUCACUGUGGAGGGAAAGCUUAAAACAAGUGUCAGAAACGGCUUCAAGUGGAUCAAGAACAAGUUUGGAGAUAUUCGCAAUGGUGUGUGA